ACAAGCGGGUCCAUGCGAGGCGGUUCCGUGCGGAAAGCGCGGUAGAGCUCCCACGAAGCACCAUGUGCGGCUACGAAAUAUACUGUACUUCGUGGAAGGCAUUUUUCCACAAGUGUGAACUCUCUCAUUCGUUGUUUGCUUUUGAACGUGUAUUUUAUUUAACCGUAGGGCGCUAGCCAUCAACACGGAACGCAGCCCGCAAAAAUACGAAAUUAAAAUUAUUAACGCAUGCAGCUGAGCAAGCGUUCGUUGCACUUGAAAUCAGUCAGAGUCACUGACGUAGAACUAAAACUCUAAAACUGGGACUGCUAUCGUGGUCUCCUUACCUACACUUACACCUGGCCUAACGGACCUUACGUAUGAGGAGCACUGAUUAAUUUACGAAUGCGUCGGUCGAAGAAAAGUACUGACGUGAUGUACAGACGGUACACACAAACUUGGUGUAACGAUCAUGAGAGAUAGUAAUUAGGGUGUGGACGAAUGAACAUGCCCGACAACACACAGGAAUUGUACUACAGUAAAGUGCGAACACAGCUGUUUAUUGUUGCGGGAACAAACACUCCUAGUAUUUAUCAUUUUUAUUACAAGAGAAUUCCACACUCGUAGCUGAAGAGACGCGCUGACCGCUGCCUGGCGCUCGUGACAACGCCUUCCGAAUAGUACCGGAAGUGACGUUGGAGUCCCUGAGGGUCUGGUGACUGAUCAUCCAUAUGAAACUGGGUAAGUCGCUGAGGAAGGCAGGAAUACAGGCAAGUGGCAUGUGGCCCCAGGACUUUGGCGUUGCCUGGCAACAGCUGUAAACCGCACACCUCCCGGUGCCCUCGGCCUCAGUAACGCGCGGCCUCGCCUCGGUGCAGCGAAAAGUAACCUUGGCCGCCUUGUGUUGUCUUUCGCCGUUCGCGUCUUCCUCAGAUGUGAUGUCACUUCCUGUCGCCGGGCGCCCCUGAGAAGCGCACAGAGGUCAUGGAUGCCCUGUCCAGCCACAGCUCGUACCUCCUGCAGCAGCUGCAGGAGCAGCGCAUCCAGGGCCUCCUCUGCGACUGCAUGCUGGUGGUGAAGGGGGUCUGCUUUAAGGCCCACAAGAACGUUCUGGCAGCUUUCAGUUCAUAUUUCAGGUCCUUGUUCCAGAACUCCCCCAGUCAGAAGAAUGAGGUGUUUCACCUGGUCAUCCAAGACGUGGGUGGCAUCGGCCAGAUCCUCGACUACAUGUACACCUCACACCUGGAGGUGAACCAGGACAACGUACAGGCGCUGCUGGACAUCGCUCAGUGCCUCCAGGUGCCCAACGUCCUGGGGACGUGUAACGCCUUCCUCAAGUCCUGCACCUCCGCCGAGCCUUCGUUCCCUCUCGCUGGGAUGCUGACCUCCGACCCCGCGUGCAUCCUGGGAGCGGGCGUGGCGCCGGAGCCCAGUCCGAACGGGCCCUCCUCGGAGGCGUUGCGGAAGCCGCCCUACGGCAGUCCCAACCCGGAGGCCCCGAGGAGCACCCCUUCCGCCCCAACCGACAAGCAGCUGGUCCACGGCUACAAGCUGCGCAACUUCUACAGCAAGCAGUACUUCAAGCAGAGCGCCGCGCAGGGCGGGAACUGCUCUCUGGCGCCGAGUCCCCUGGUGGUGGUGGAGGAGCCCUUCCCGCCUGCCGACGAGGACCGCCAGCCACCUCCCGCCCCGCCCGUGCCGCCGCAGCCCGAUCGCACGGGCCCGCCGGGGAAGGCGUCGCCGCUCGGCAGACAACUGCGCCCCAAGAAGACGGUCUACCUCAAGAAGUAUAAUUACCUGAGGUCACAGAAGGCGCUGGAGGAGCUGAGCUCCGGCACCGAGGACUUUCCAGGGAGCCGUCCCGCAGGGGCUGGCGGCGAGCGGUCCGCGGGGGGAACCGCAGACGCCAUCGUUGUCGGCUGCCUCCCGGAGGCGGAGACAGAGGCGGAGACGGAGCUCGUAGCGGACGCCCGCCUCCCCAGCCCGCUGCCGCCGACCGCCGAGGAGCCGCACCCCAAGACGGACGGCGACGCGCUGCCAGCGGCCCAGGUGAAGCAGUACUGCUGCGAGGUGUGUGGGAAGACCUUCAAACACCCCAGCAACCUGGAGCUGCACAAACGCUCACACACAGGUGAGAAACCCUUUCAGUGCAACAUCUGUGGGAAGAACUUUUCUCAAGCAGGAAACUUACAGACACAUUUACGUCGACAUUCGGGAGAAAAGCCAUACAUUUGUGAGAUUUGUGGGAAAAGCUUUGCUGCCUCUGGGGAUGUCCAGCGUCACAUUGUGAUUCACACUGGAGAGAGACCACACCUCUGUGACAUCUGUGGACGAGGGUUCAGCAACUUCAGUAACUUGAAGGAGCACAAGAAGACGCACACCACGGACAAAGUGUUCACGUGCGACCAGUGCGGCAAGUCCUUCAACAUGCAGAGGAAGAUGCUGAAGCACAGGGUGCGACACUCAGGGGAGCGACCCUACAGCUGUCAGACGUGUGGGAAGAGCUUCGCAGGCUCCGGUGACCUCAGGAGACACGUGCGCACACACACCGGCGAGAGGCCAUAUACCUGCGACACGUGCGGCAAGUGCUUCACCCGCUCGGCCGUCCUGAGGAGGCACCGCACCACGCACUGCCGCACCGCCGCCAGCAGCCCCGGGGAAGAGGGGGCAGAGACAGCCGCCAUCGAGGGAGCCCCCUUCUCGCAGACCGCUGCUCAUGCCGAAGCUCCGCAGGACUUGGAGGCCCGGACCCAAACCCAGGUGGCGACGUCCCUGAGCCCGCCGCCCUCGGCUUCUUUCUCGGAGCUGCGCUCGCCGGGGCCCCACCCCCAGCCCCACCCCCAGCCCCAGCCCCUGCUCCUGCCCCUCUCCCAGCAGGACAAGUGCUCUCAGCCCGACACCCUGAGGCUGCACAAAGCCCAGCUCCAGCAGGAUGCAUUCGGCUACGCCGAGGAGAGCAGCCCGGCGGGCGAGGAGCCACUACAGGGGUCUCGACCCUCCCUGUCGGCGCUAGACGCUCACUGCGGGCUCCCGCUGGGCAGCCGGGCCAACAGCACCUCCUACAGGAGCAGUGAGGGGCCGUUCUUCUCCAGCGUCACGCUGUGGGGUCUGGCCAUGAAGACACUGCAGAACGACACCGACAUGGAGCAGUGACCCCCCCCCCCCACCCCCCUUUACUCUUACUUGUUCAUUGGAUUUAAAGAUGUAUUUUUCUCCCUUGUAUUUCAUAUAUUUCAAUAAACUGAGA